AUAAAAUCCACACACAAGCUCUCAAGCUUAUAAUCGAAACUCCCAAACAACACAAAACAUGGAAAAGUUACUAGUUAUAUCUCUGCUACUGAUCUUAAACUCAGUUGCCACUUCACAACUCGUGACCGAUCCUGUGGCUUUCCUCCGAUGUCUGGAACGACAGCCGACUGAUCCAGAGAGUCCGAACUCUGCCGUAGCUUACAUCCCAACCAACUCCUCCUUCACCACCGUACUCCGCAGCCGCAUACCUAACCUCCGUUUUGACAAACCCACAACCCCAAAACCGCUCGCCAUAGUCGCCGCCGCCACGUGGACACACAUUCAGGCGGCGCUAGGAUGCGCCCGAGAACUAUCUCUUCAGGUUAGGAUCCGAAGCGGUGGCCAUGACUUCGAAGGACUCUCUUACACGUCAACGGUACCAUUCUUCGUGCUCGACAUGUUUAGUUUCAGAAACGUCGACGUGAAUCUCAACGACGGGACGGCUUGGGUCGAUGCCGGCGUUACGACGGGAGAGCUUUACUACCGUAUCGCUGAGAAAAGCAACGUUCUUGGAUUCCCAGCGGGUUUGUGUACAACGUUAGGUGUUGGUGGACAUUUUAGCGGAGGAGGAUACGGAACCAUGAUGAGAAAGUACGGCUUGUCCGUAGACAACGUUGUCGGCUCCGGGAUCGUUGACUCUAACGGGAACAUAUUCACCGACCGGGUUUCAAUGGGAGAAGACCGGUUCUGGGCGAUACGAGGAGGUGGAGCCGCGAGUUUUGGUGUCGUGCUAGGAUACAAGAUCCGGCUUGUCCCCGUGCCGGAGAAAGUUACAGUUUUUACCGUCAGAAGAACCGUCGGAGAAGGAGCCGUUGAUCUUAUAAUGAAGUGGCAGAGUUUCGCUCACAGUACAGAUAGAAACUUGUUCGUGAGGCUCACGUUAACUUUGGUCAACGGUACAAAGCCUGGUGAAAAGAUGGUUUUGGCCUCUUUCAUUGGGAUGUAUUUAGGCCCGUCGGAUAAGACGUUGAACGUGAUGAACCGGGAUUUCCCUGAAUUAAAGCUCAAGAGAACCGAUUGUACCGAAAUGAGAUGGAUUGAAUCGGUCGUGUUCUAGGCCGGUUAUCCAAUCGGUACACCAAUUUCUGUACUACUAAACCGGACGGUGACGACUAAGGCGUUUCAUAAACGAAAAUCAGACUAUGUGAAACGUCCGAUUUCGAGAACCGGUCUCGGCUUAAUACUCAAGAAGUUGGUUGAGGUUGAGAAUGUUAGAAUGUAUUUUAACCCUUAUGGAGGAAGAAUGGGUGAGAUCCCGAGCUCGAGGACACCCUUCCCACAUAGAGCAGGCAAUUUGUACAAGAUCGAGUAUCUCGUAAGCUGGUCGGAAGCUGGAGACGACGUGGAGAAGAAUCAGUUGGCACGUGCGAGACAGAUGUAUGAAUUCAUGAGUCCAUACGUGUCGAAUAAUCCGAGGGAAGCGUUUUUUAACUACCGUGAUCUUGACAUAGGGUCGAGUGUGAAUUCCACGUACGAGGAAGGUAAAGUCUAUGGGGUUAAAUAUUUUAAAGACAACUUCGAGAGGUUGGUUGACAUUAAAACCUUGAUCGAUGCUGAAAACUUCUGGAAGAACGAACAAGGUAUUCCGGUUCGAAGGUAAUAAGUACGACACCGAGUGUUGUGUGUUUGUGACAUGUAUUUAAGUCUUUUCAGCAAAUAAAGCAAGAAACAUGAUGUCCGAAUAUAUAUAUUGUGUUAUGAACAAAAUCAGCAUGCCUAUUAACAAUAAUUU